CAGCUCGAGUAGGGAGCCAGCUCUGACCCGCGAAGGGAGUUUAGGCCGCCCCGGGAAACGAAGCCCAUCUAUAAGGGGUCCGCCGUAGCCAUGGGGAUUGGAAGUUACUUCAAGGCUGAGAAGCGUCAGCCCAAGCCCGAGACUGCGCCAGCAGGGAACAACAAUGCGCUGCAUCAGAAAACGCCAUCCCGGCCGGAGAACCGCACAGCGGUACCGGCGCCGGAACCGUCACUAGUACAAGGCGCUGAGUCGGAGCUGCACCCGCCAACGCCGCGCUUCAGCUCGCGGCCGCAGUCCAUCUCCGGGCGCUCGGCGAGGUCCACCGGCAGCUCGUUGUUCCUCGACGACAUCAAGCAUGAGGUCAUGGUCAACUACCUCUACCAGCAGCAAUGUUCGCACCUGUGGGUAUCAGACGGGAGCGGCGAGAUCGAGGGCGUGCUGCUCCGGAAAUCGAGGGGCCAGUACAUGGCCUGCCCUCCGCAGCUGGGCAACUCGCCGUUCGCCGUGGCUUGCGCAGCGCUCAAUGUGCAGUGUGCCAUGACGGUCAACUCCAGAGUCAUCAAGACGUUCCUAGCGUGGUCACCGGAUGCUGUCGAUGUGCCGUUGAUGAACGGCCUGAGAGUGCAGAUUUUGCCGACGAUCGAUGAUCUCCCCCGCGCACGGAAGCACCAGUUCGCCGCUUUUGUUGCCUCGGAGGGCCUGCUGGUCGUCUGGGACGACGAUGCGCUGCACUUGGUUGCACGGGCUAAGGCGAUCGAGUCGGAGCUGAUGGAGCUGGUCUGGAAGGCGGGCGGCGACGACGACGGCGAUGAGAAGGGCGGUGUCAUCGUGGAGGAGCCCGAGGUCGACGAGGAGAGCGGCGAGCUGAAGCCGGAGAAGCGGCCGGUGCAUCUGCAGAACACGUACCUGGUCACGCUGACGCUCGUGCUGGUGACGGUCUCCCUCGGCGCAGCCUGGCGCCAGCUGGCCAUCGAGGUGUCGGUCGACGGCAACUUCGUCCGGCUCGCGCUGGUGGCGCUGUUCCCCAUCCAGAUCUUCUUCACGCUCUUCUUCGCCCAGGUCAUCGUCGGCUGCUUGGCCCAGAUCUUCGGCCCCAUCCGGCAGCUCACCAUCAACUCCAAGUUCUACUCGGCCCGGCCGCCGCCGCGACUGCGCUCCGCGGUGCUCCCGCACGUCACCAUCCAGUGCCCCGUCUACAAGGAGGGUCUGCAGGCCGUCAUCGCGCCGACGGUCAAGUCGAUCAAGCAGGCCAUGUCCACGUACGAACUGCAGGGCGGGUCGGCCAACAUGUUCAUCAACGACGACGGGCUGCAGCUCAUCUCCGAGGAGGACCGGCGGGCGCGCAUCGAGUUCUACGCCGACCACAGCAUCGGCUGGGUGGCGCGCCCGAAGCACGGCGAGAACGGGUUCCUGCGGCGCGGCAAGUUCAAGAAGGCGUCCAACAUGAACUUCGCCCUGAUGAUCUCGUGCAAGGUCGAGGACAAGCUGGCGGCCAUCCAGCGCACGCCCGACUGGUCGCAGCACGACGAGGCGACGGCCUACGAGCGCGCGCUAAAGGAGGUGCUGGAGGAGGACGGCCGCGCGUGGGCCGACGGUAACAUCCGCAUCGGCGACUACAUCCUGUUGAUCGACUCGGACACGCGCGUGCCGGCCGACUGCCUGCUGGACGCCGUGUCCGAGAUGGAGCUGUCGCCGGACGUCGGCAUCAUGCAGUUCUCGUCGGGCGUGAUGCAGGUGGUGCACACGUACUUCGAGAACGGCAUCACCUUCUUCACCAACCUCAUCUACAGCGCCAUCCGCUACACCGUGUCCAACGGCGACGUGGCGCCCUUCGUCGGGCACAACGCCAUCCUGCGCUGGUCGGCCAUCCAGCAGGUCUCGUACGAGGACGAGGACGGGUACGAGAAGUUCUGGUCCGAGAGCCACGUGUCGGAGGACUUCGACAUGUCGCUGCGGCUGCAGUGCGCCGGCUACAUCAUCCGCCUGGCCGCCUGGGCCGGCGACGGCUUUAAGGAGGGCGUGUCGCUGACCGUGUACGACGAGCUGGCCCGCUGGGAGAAGUACGCCUACGGCUGCAACGAGCUGCUGUUCCACCCGAUCCGCCAGUGGCUGUGGAAGGGCCCCUUCACCCCGCUGUUCCGCCGCUUCCUCUUCUCCAACAUCCGCUUCACCUCUAAGAUCACCGUCAUCUCCUACAUCGGCACCUACUACGCCAUCGGCGCCGCCUGGAUCAUGACCAGCGUCAACUACUUCCUGAUGGGCUGGUUCAACGGCUACCUCGACAAGUACUACGUCGACUCGUGGCAGGUCUGGUUCUCGAUUAUCCUGGUGUUCAACGGCCUCGGCAACAUAGCGCUCGCCGUCAUGCGCUACCGCGUUGGCGAGCGGAACAUCCUGUACGCGCUCUUCGAGAACUUCAAGUGGACCUUCCUGCUGGCCAUCUUCCUGGGCGGCCUGUCGCUGCACGUCUCGCAGGCCCUGCUGGCCCACAUGUUUGAGAUCGACAUGACCUGGGGCGCCACCUCCAAGGAGGCCGAGUUCUCCAAUUUCUUCAUUGAGGUGCCCAAGGUGCUGAAGAAGGUAUGGAUGCACACUGAGAUUUCUCCCCUUCCCCUGUCCCACUGUCAAUGUGAAAGCUAAUGUUACUCGCUCCGUACUAGUUCAAAUUCUCCAUGAUCUUCGCCACCCUCUUCAUCGUCGGCAUGAUCAUCCUCGCCGUCGCCCCCUUCAUCCCCUACAGCUGGCACAUCACCGACUUUGUUGCCAUCCUGCCCAUGGCCACCGUCGCAGGCUCGCACUUGUUGCUCCCGCUG